AGGCAUUCUUUAGCAAUAUUAUUCUUACCCUUGAUAAAGGGUUUUAGGAUAUAGUUUAACCGUUAUUUCAUUUUCACCCGGCGAUAAUUUCAUUUCAUGUCGAUAUGGCGUCACGCAGGAAACCUCCUCUUAAGUAAACAAGGCCAACUUUAAAACUUCCGACACCAUCUAUCCGCUUGCCAUUUUUUCCCAUCUGGACAAAAGUCUUGGAUAUGAGGACAAAUUAGGACAUAAUUUAAACCUUGAUAUUUAAUAAGUCGAAGAACACAUUUGUGAUAUUUGUGUAUUAUAUUCACACCGGACACAACCAUGAAGCUGCUUGCUUUACUUUUUAGCAUUGGAGUUAUCCACUCAGUACAUCAAAGAUCAGCUGUCUAUGCAGCAGAUGUCUGCAAAGAUGAUUUAGCUGUUACCUAUGCAAGUUCGAGCAAAGCUUCGAGCCAGUUUGACCCCAAUAACAAACUUAGUAACUACGGACCAGACAGAGCCCAACUAAACUCCACCGAGACAAAAGAUCCUGCCGGGGUAACACAAAUGGGUGCAUGGGUUUCAGAAAAGAAUGACUUCAGUCAAUGGAUACAAGUUGAGUUGAAGGACGCUGCUCUGAUACGUGGUUUGGUAACACAAGGUCGCAACGGCUGUUGUCAGCAGUGGGUUAAAAAGUAUCGUGUUUUCUACAGUGAAGACUGCCAACACUGGUCUACAGUUGGUGGGUUCAAUGUAACAGAUAAAUUCUUUACAGCCAACAAAGACGAAAACACACCUGUCACCAAUAUGUUCCAUUGUCCUAUAAUGGCAAAAUGCAUCCGCGUAAAUCCGCUUGGAUGGAACAAAAACAUUGCGAUGAGACUUGGCAUUCUAGGUUGCCCACUCGAUUUGAAAGGAGCGUUUACGUCACAAACAACUACUUCAAAGGUGCCGACAACUACUACCACACAAGCGCCAGUAAAAACGCAGCCUCCAACCCAACCACCCACGCAGCCUCCGACACAGCCGCCAACAACACCGUCAACUCAGACAUCGACACAGCCAACAACACAAAAACAAACACAACCACCAACACAACCACCAACACAACCACCCACACAACCUCCAACUACAGCUAAAACAAAGGCUACACCAAAAUCAGGAGGCAAUGUCCUUAUUCCCAACACAGGAGGAACGAAAGGUUCAUGUAUCAAAUCAUGUAAAGGAAGAGCUAAUGGAGAUUAUCAGUCUUGUGCCGGAUGCGGUUUUUACAUAACCUGUUCCUGGGAACAGAUGUUUGACAAACGACCGUGUCCAAGAGUCUUGCCCUUUCAACACAAGCUGUUCUGGGAUGACAACCUAAAAAGAUGUGUCGAAAAAUCACAAACAUGUCCAUAAAGAAAAUAUGCGUAUCUUCGUUGAAGACAGCUGCUACUGUGAAGCUAUGUCGUUCUUUUAUUUAUACACAGUGCAUUCUUUGAAAAUAUUGAAAAUAUAGUUACGCCUUAGAAAUACAGACUAACGUGAUUGUGACGCAACGUACUAUCUUACGACGUAUUGCGUCAUAAAACUUGAAUAUCCGCACCUGAAAAAUUUAUUUUGACCUACAGCAAUCGCAUUGCCAUCUCCCGACAAACUAUCUUGUAACACUUACUCUAACACCUAUUUAACGCAUGUAGAAAAAACAUAGAAGUGUCAGUUAUUAAGCAAAACUACAACUUGUUAUAUCGAUUCUUGCCUCUCCAGAUGACCAAUUCUUAUCCCAUUCCAAUUUAGUUACCUAGUGACUAUUCCUUGAAUACAUUUGCUUCUGUAGCCUGAACAUAUAAUGAAUAAAUAUUUUUGAUACUGCA